AUGGCGGGAGCAGGAACUUCCCGGCAGCAGCCGAGUGGGGAAGCACGUGACCGGAUCUUGGCCAAUCGCUCGCCCUCAGUCGGAAACGCCGCGCUUCUAUUGGCCAGCAGGCGGCCGGCGGCACGCCUGGUUCCCGCCGCGCUGUGGGCGCGUCCGCGCCGCCUGCAGCAUGAGGGACAGCCUGGGCGCUCCGACCAGCCCAUACACAUGGAGAACCCCUAUAAAGAUCCUCCAAAGAGAUGUGUCUUAUGUGGAAUAAAUGUGGACUAUAAGAAUGUGCAGCUUCUUUCCCAGUUUGUUUCUCCAUAUACUGGCUCCAUUUAUGGCAGGCAUAUCACAGGCUUGUGUAAUAAGAAGCAGAAGGAAAUUACGAAGGCCAUUAAAAGAGCUCAUGUAUUUGGAUUUAUGCCGAUUAUGUUUAAGAACCCACAAUUUCUCACAGACCCCAAGCUAUGUAAUAUCAAACAUCCAGAGUGAUAUACUGUACAGAAAUAAACAAUAAAACCGUGUUUCAUCU